UCCCAGUGGCGACCUCGGGAGCUCGACCGACUCGACCUCGCAAACUACUCGACCGGUCUCGACCUGGGGGGGUAUCUCGACCUCAAAACGACCUCAAAACGACCUCGUAACGACCUCGUAAGGACCUUUACGACCUUAGUUCGAUUUUAGUUCGACUUCAGUCGACCUAUCUCGACUUAGGUCGGCCAAGUUGAGAAGACCUAUACUCGACCAGCUAGACCUGUAUAUCGACCUAAUUUCGAAUUAAUUUCGUCCUAAGUCGACCGGCCCGACGUCACCGCGACCUGUGUUCGACCGGAGCCACUGGUUCUCGACGGAAAUUCAAUUUUUUUCUGCCGAGUAGACCCUUAGUUUCCGAAUUGUAUAAAUUACAGGGUGCAUUUUCACCAGGUACCCAUUCAAUUAGAGGACUGCAAAGUAGUAACAUCACCAUCAGGAACCUUGACGUAAACCUGGUGAACCCCGGGAAGCGAAGACUGCUUACCAUUUGGGUGCAGAUAGCCUGGCACAUGUUUGAGAAUGCCAACCCUCCUCCAAAGCCAAAGCCUCAGCCGUAAGCACAUCAAUCCUAUCCUGGAAGCCUUCAAAGCUGAGUAUUGGUCAGAUUAGUGGGAUCAGAGUAGAUGGAAUACUGUAGCCCGUGCUUUCAAGGAAAGGGUGCAAUUUCCAUAUUGCACCGGUGCGUUUGAUGGCAAGCACAUACGCAUCAAGAAGCCCCCCAAAAGCGGGUCCCUCUUCUACCACUACAACAACUUCUUCUCUAUUGUCUUGCUGGCACUCGCGGAUGCCGACUACAAGUUCCCGUGGGUCAACGUCGGGGCCAAGGGAUCAGCAUCAGACGUUGAUGGUUUUCAACCAUUCACGAGAUCGGAUGGAGGGCGAUGACCGUGUAUUCCCAGUAUGGUGUGCCAUACUUCAUCAUCGGAGACGAUGCCUUUCCACUCCGCCCCUGGAUGAUGAAGUCCUUUUCCAUGCGUCAGAUGGACCCCGAUCAGCAGAUCUUCAACUGCAGACUGUCUCGGGCCAGACGAGUGGUGGAGAAUACCUUCGGGAUUCUGGCUAUGAGGUUCCGUAAACAGAUAUCCCAGGCCUGCGUCACUUUACACAGUAUGCUGAGAACGAGGAACCGGAACAGUCAGAUGAACCUCAUAGACCGGGGAAUGGGGACUGUUCACUCACCCCAGGCAAGUGGGGCUCCUACACACAGCUGCUUGAUGGGGAUAACCGGGGUACGGGGAACGUUACCCCACUAGAUGGCGCCAACCAAAGAAACUAUUUGAAGGACUAUUUCAUGGGCCCAGGAGCUAUUCAUUGGCAAGAGAAGAUGAUAUCCAAGUGUACUAUUAUUAUUUAGGACUACUUCAUUUACAAAGGAACUCUUGUUUGUUUUAUAUUUACACUAUUUACAAUUAGUAAAUGCGAAAAAAACACACAAUGAAAACUAACUAUAUAC